ACCAAAAAAAAAAAGCCAAAAUCUUCUGAAGAAGUUAGGCCAACGGUUAUACUUCUUUAAAAAAAUCACUUGAAAUCAAAGCAAAAAAAAAGGGACUUUGUUUGAUUCUUGGUCACCAUCUUGAAACCAAUCUUUACCCUCCUUAUAUCAUGUUUAUCAUGUUUGUUCAACUCCAUUAACCUAUUUUUCUCUUCUUGUUUUUUUCCUUUUUAACUCCCACUUUCAUUUCUCUUGUUAUGUAUUCUGAAUUCUUAUCUUGUGUACUUUCUUAAAGGGGGGAACUUUUUUGUUGCAUGACUUUGUAUGCACUGAAUCACUCUUUUGGUUUCAGUACUGAUGAGCCACACGAGCUGGUUAGAUAGAUACGUGGGGUAGAAAGAUUGUAGUACACUCUUUGAUUGAUCCACUCUUUUUUGUAUCGACUGAAUCACUCUUUUAGUGUUAGUGGUGGUGAGUCACACGAGCUGGUUAGAUACGUGGGACAGAAGGCUCAUAGUACCCCGUUUGAUUGAUCCAUUUUUUUUCUUUGCUUUGGUAGUAAAUCAUUCCUCUGUUCUCUAUUCUAAUUCACCUUGUUUACUUUCUUAAAGGUGGGAACUUUUUUGUUGAAAUUUUGCAUCAAAUUAGUUAUCAGCAAAACCAUCUUUAAAGAUUGAAACUUGAGUUAAUGAAAUAGGUUGAAUGGUUCGCGAGUGCACCUUUGUGUCGACUUAAUCACUCUUUUGGUGAAUUGUGAACUACGUGAGCUGGUUAGAUACGUGUGGGGCAGAGGACUCGUAAUACGCCCUUUUCUUCAUUUAAAAGGUGGGAACUUUUAUCUGUUAAGAUUCUUGAAAUUUGGCAUGCAAAAACCUUUUUUUAAAAAGAUUGAAACUUGGGUUAUGAAAUAGGUUCAGCUAGGGAAAUUUUGCUUAUAUUUGUAAGGGCAUCUCUGUAUCGACUAAAUCACUCUUUUGGUCUAGUCGAUGCAAAUAGUGAACCAUACCAGCUGAUUAGAUACGUGGAGAAAAGGGAUCGUAGUACCCCUUUUGAUUGAUCCAUCCUUUUCUUCGCCUCAGUAGCAAAUCGUCACCAAAAGGGGCAGGCUUGCACGCCUAAUUCGAAGGUAUUAUUACUUAUGUUAUGUAAGUGAUGAUAUGUUACUACAAAGUUGAAAGUUCUUAGAAAUUUCUCCCUAUUGACAAAAUCUGGUGUCAUCAAAAUCUGGUGUCAUCAUUUCGAAUCAUGAGUAGCCGUUACUUUAUUACAACAGACUCAUUGUGUAAUUCUAGGAUUGUUGUUCCAGAAAGAAUGGAUCUUGAUGUAAGAAGGACACCCCCUUCUUCUUCGUCUUCGUCUUCAUUCUUGAUAAGAAUGGCAAUUAGAAUAUCAAGAUCAAGAUGCUUCAGUUUCUUGAGAAGAGUGUUUCACUAUCAAAAUGGUUCAAGAUCAGAACUUGGCUCAAAUCCUUUCAAUUCUGUGACUUGGAUGAUUAUGGAGUGUAUAGCUUUAAGUGUUCAAAUAACUGUUACAACAUAUACAUUGGCUGUUACAAAAAAGGAAAGGCCUGUUUGGCCAAUGAGGAUUUGGGUAUUUGGAUAUGCUUUUGGUUGUGUCAUUAGUUUGAUUCUGCUUUUUUGGAGAUACUGGGCAUUAUAUGUUGGACAAACAGAUGAUUCUGCUGCAAAUUCUGAUAUUGAGCAACAAAUAAGCCAUGACGAAUCAAGGGUGUUACCAUCUCGGAUGGAGAGAUGCAGGACAUGGAUAGAGCUAUUCUUUGGCAUAUGGUUUGUGAUGGGGAAUGUUUGGGUAUUUGAUUCAAGAUUUGGAUCAUUUCAUAAUGCCCCUAAACUUCAUGUCCUAUGCAUAUCACUUCUAGCUUGGAAUGCUGUCACAUACUCUUUUCCCUUCAUAUUAUUUGUGUUGUUAUGCUGUUGUGUGCCAAUUUUGAGUAGCUUUCUUGGCUACAAUAUGAACAUGGGAUCAGUAGAUAGAGGUGCAUCUGAUGAACAACUCUCCAAUUUGCCUAGCUGGAAGUACAAAGAAAUUGGAAAUAAAGAGGAAAUUACAAGUUCUGAUGAAUGUUGUAUUUGUUUGGCCAAGUACAAAGACAAAGAAGAAAUCAGACAGUUGCCUUGUUCUCAUAUAUUCCAUCUCAAUUGUGUUGAUCAAUGGCUCAAAAUUAUCUCUUGUUGUCCUCUAUGUAAACAAGAAUUAGAGAGGUAAUCCGUGGACAGAGUCACUAGAUAUCUAUGUUGGUGGUAGGUAACAAGUAUCGUCGUACAAAUUGAUCCGGACAUUACGAUUAUUUAAAAAAGAGAGAGAGGGCUCUUGAUAGUACAUUUAUUUUUUACAUCCACAUCCAAAUUUUCCUUGUUUAUCCUUUCCUUUUUUUCUUUUUUCCUUUUUAGUUUUUAAUUUCUUAAGGAAAAAGUCAACAUGAAUUGUAUGUAACAUAUAGCUACUAGAGUGAGCAAAAGUUAUUGUAAAUUAUAGUUCACCAGUGACUAUGUAAUAUGUAUGUUGCUAUUUAAGUAAGCUUUUGAAAGAA